UGACAGCCUAGCGACAGGCGGCGGCCAGAAGCCCGCCCGAGCCGUGAGGUAGCCGCGUCUCGCGUGUCUGACUGCUGUUUUCGUAGACAAGAAUGAAAUAAUACCUGCUUGUUUUUUUAUUUAUUAUUUUUUUUGGUCAGUUCGGUGUUAUUUCUUCGUCAGAAAUACACCCGAGAUGUACAACUUUGCCGAUAUUUACGGAGAUACACACAAGAGCUAUGAAGCAAUUCCCAUUCCCAGUUGCCACUACAGAAGCUAAAGUGCUACUAAAGGGCCAAGAGAAGAGUUCCGGUCUCUGCAUCUCCAGGUAUUAAGUCUUUAGAGUAGUACUUGUUUUCAAGAAGUACUAUGGACAACAUGAAAAAAGUUGAUGACAGCUCUAGUAAUGAUGGAGUUCUGCUUAGAAUGGGCCUCAAUGAUAACAAAGCUGGAAUGCAAGGUUUGGAUAAAGAGAAAAUCAAUAAAAUCAUCAUGGAAGCUACCAAGGGUUCCAGAUUUUAUGAAAAUGAACUUAAAAAAGAUCAACAAGUUAACCAACGAAUUGAAAAAAUGAUGCAGCUAAAAGAGAAAAUUACACAACAACAGCUCUUGAAAGCGCAGUUGCAGGUGGACAGACUUGUGAUGGAACUGGAACAGAGCCGUAACCUUAGCUGUACUAUUGUACACAUAGAUAUGGAUGCCUUCUAUGCAGCUGUGGAAAUGAGAGACAAUCCAGAGCUGAAGGAAAAGCCUAUUGCAGUGGGAUCAAUGAGUAUGUUGUCUACUUCAAACUAUCACGCUAGGAGAUUUGGUGUACGUGCAGCCAUGCCUGGAUUUAUUGCUAAAAAGCUGUGUCCACAUCUAACUAUAGUACCAUUAAACUUUGAAAAAUACGGCAAAGUGAGUAAAGAGGUUAGAGAAAUACUGGCUGAAUAUGACCCACAUUUUAUGCCUAUGGGCCUAGAUGAAGCCUACCUGAAUAUAACAGAGCACUUGGAGGAAAGACUGAACUGGCCUGAAGAUAAGAGAAGAUUAUUUUUCAGAACAGAAAGCAAUACUGAAAAGGAUAAAGAGAAUAUAAAUGUGUCUGGCAAAUUGAAUGAAGAUGGAUACUCUUCUUCACCUGUGCUGUUUGAAGACAACACUCCUCUGAUGGAUGACCACCCUGGACAAAAAGAUCAGUCACUGGAAAAUUCAGUUGUCUUUGGAACUACUGCAGAGGAAGCAGUGAAAGAAAUUCGCUUUAGGAUUGAACAGAAAACUCAACUGACUGCUAGUGCAGGAAUAGCUCCAAAUACAAUGUUAGCAAAAAUGUGCAGUGAUCGUAAUAAACCUAAUGGGCAAUACAGAAUUUCUCCAGAGAGACAGGCUGUGUUAGACUUCAUAAAAGAUUUGCCAAUUAGAAAGGUGCCAGGCAUAGGAAAAGUAACAGAGAAGAUGUUAAAAGCCCUUGGAAUUGUGACUUGCUCAGAACUUUACCAGCAGAGGGCACUGCUUUCUCUUCUUUUUUCAGAAGCAUCUUGGCGUAAUUUCUUGGAUAUCUCCCUUGGGUUGGGUUCCACACAUUUGGAAAAGGAUGGAGAAAGAAAAAGUAGGAGCACUGAAAGAACGUUCAGUGAAAUUAACACAGCAGAAGAUCAGUACAGCUUGUGUCAAGAACUCUGCAGAGACCUUGCUCAAGAAUUACAGAAAGAGGGACUUAAGGGUAAAACUGUUACCUUGAAGCUAAAGAAUGUGAACUUUGAAGUAAAAACAAGAGCUUCAACAGUGCUGUCCUCUGUUUCUACUGAGGAGGAAAUAUAUGCUGUUGCUAAGGAGUUGUUAGGAACAGAAAUUGAUAGUGUUGCUCCUCAACCUUUAAGGAUAAGACUUAUGGGUGUACGAGUAUCAGGAUUUCUAAGUGAAGAAGAGAAGAAAUACCAACAAAAAAGCAUUACAAGCUUCUUAAAAUCAGGGAAAGAAAAUGGUUUUCUUAGGCUUCAGCCAGGGAAAUCCAACCAAGAAAAUUUCACAAAAAAAUCAGAAGCAUCUUCCAGAGCGAGUUUUUUUGAUAAAAAGCGAGCUGCAAGGCAAUUCAAAUGUGAUAAUCUUGUUCCAAAAGAAAAUGUAGGUAAGCAGCUCUUUCAUGAUAUGAAAUCAACAGCAAAUUUUGUGGAAGAAUCAAACAAGGUCACAGACUUAGAAAAUUCUGAUGUGUGUAAGAUCUUUACCUGCCCUGUUUGUUUUGAGGAGCAAAGCAGUAGUAAUUUGGAAGAGCUUAAUAGGCAUAUUGAUGAGUGCCUUGCUGGAAGUCUUGUUAAAGAUACUGUGAAAAUAUCAAAGAAUGACAGUUCAAGAGAAGAUACACUUAACUUUUUUCCACAAUGUAAAAAUGAAAAUGUUGAAGCCUGUAAAAAAACUAAAAUGAAUCAAUUAGGAGGAACAGGCCAGUCAGCAAAUGCAUCUGACAACUCUGAUAGCAAUUGUACAGCGAGAUUCAUUCAGAUAAUAUCUGAUAAACCUCACAGAGAAAGACAGCCUGGUGAUCUCAGUGCUAUUGCUAGGAACACAUGUAUAAAACAGUGUCUCUUUCCCAAAAGAACUUCACAAGAGGAUGCAGAACAUUUUGGAGACAUAGAACAUACAGAAGAAACUAGUUCACCCUGUUACCUUGAAGCCAAAGAAGACAAUGUCCUUGUUUGUCCAGUUUGUAAUUCAGAACAGAAAACCACCAGUCUUAUGUCAUUUAACAGACAUGUAGAUGUCUGCUUAAAUAAAGGCAUUAUCCAGGAGCUGACAGAAAAAAGUAAUUGUCCUGCUAAGACUUGUGAUAUGGAAAAUUUAAACAGAGCUGGAGGUUUAAGCAGAGGACAGCAGUGCACAAAUCCAAUACAAGGAACAAAAAGGUCUGGAUUAACAGCUUCACAGUCAGUAUCGAAAAAGGCCAAGUCAAGCAAUUCAAAGCAUACAAUUGAAAUGUUUUUUAAAUGACUGUGUGCCUUCAUCUUCCAUAUGAAGUAUUUCAUAGCGUUUUACGACUGCAAAUUAAUUUAGCAUGGGUGGUAGGCUGGAUUCAGAUAGAAUCAAGCUGGGUUCACAAAGGAGCCAUUGCAUAUCUGUGAAGCCUAUGUAAAAAGAGUAUGAUGUUUGAAGUCGAAGAAGAGAUACAACUGGAGUAAUUUCAAUUAUUUUGAAAAAAA